GUCGGAUGUCAAUCGAAUGUCAAAGCAUUCAAGCUACAGCCGCAAUGUCUAAACGCGCCCAAGCAUCGCCAUCAACGUCUCAGCCUAAGCGAGUAAAAUUCGCCUCAGAUCAGUCAUCAUUGAAGACUUUUUUUGGGUCUUCUCCAAGGCUUACUCCUCCGGCCAAUUCUGGGGCAGAGAAGGGAGCGAAUAAUGUCACAGGACCAGUACCGAAACAACUGAACGCAAAGAAGAUUGCUACACCAGAUAUCAUUGACCUGACUUCGGAUUCUGAACCUACGUUCAGAGAUUGUAGAUCUGACAAUGGUCUUCCUGCCGCAGCUCCACAAGUAGGCGAUGUUGGUGGCUCAUCAGGGGUUGUCCGACCUAGUAGUUCUAAGACGCCUUCAAGGCGCCUUCCCAUGAAAAAUGAUAUCGCUGCCUUGCCAAAUUAUCAGCCACUAGGAAUCGACCCCUUUUCCAAUGAGCCGGCGCCAUAUUCAUUCCUCGUUCAUGCCCUCGUCACGCUAUCAGGAACACGAUCCAGGACAAUCAUUCUCAACACUCUUACCAACACGCUAAGGACUUUACUCAAUUGGCAUAGGCCAUCCCUACUGCCAUCGCUAUAUCUCCUUUCUAAUUGCUUGUCUCCUCCGUACUCUCCGGUCGAGCUGGGCAUUGGCUCCUCGGUUAUAUCCAAGGCAAUUCAACAUAUCUCCGGCCUGACCUCCUCUGCGCUUAGGCGACUCUACAAUUCAUUCGGCGACCCUGGUGAUGUUGCAUUUGAAGCAAAGUCAAAUGUUCGCACCUUGGUGCCUCAUUCUCCACUAAUCAUCGUGGCUGUGUACGAAUGCUUAUUGAAAAUUGCCAACUCUAAGGGACAAGGCGCAGCCAAACAGAAGCAAGCCAUCGUCGAGAAACUCCUUGUAGCAGCUAAAGGAGAAGAGUCGCGUUACCUUGUCCGUACCUUAUCGCAGAAUCUACGCGUCGGAGCAGUCAGGACCUCCAUCCUGACUGCACUGGCAAGAGCGUUGGUUUUGACAUCGCAAACUAGUCUGGGAGGUCUUGAUCACGAUCAUUCGCCAUACCAUGCUACCUCGAAAUUAAUCUCCUUGGUUCAACCCCUCGCAGCUGAAGGGAAGAAAGUUCCUGAUGCUGCCCGCGAAAAACUUCACGAAAAAUUCAUCCGGGCUGAAGCGUUGGUUAAAAAAGUGUUCGUUCAACAUCCGAAUUAUGAACACAUCGUAGCUGGUCUCUUCAACGGCGGAUUGGAUAAUCUUGACCUACAUGUCCCUUUGACCGUCGGUGCGCGUUUCGCUCCCCUACCCCAUGAACAACCUGAUAAAUCAUUGAUAGGAAUUCCCUUGCAUCCGACUCUGGAAUUCAAGUAUGAUGGUCAACGCGCUCAGAUUCAUGGGGUACGAGGAGUGAAUAACGACAAUCCUUCCAUUCGAAUUUUCUCCCGUCAUCUAGAAGAUAUGACCACCAAAUAUCCCGACAUCGUUCAUCUUGUUAAAUCCAUUUUCAAAAAGCAGCCGCAGCUGCAAUCUUUUAUUAUCGACUCUGAGAUUGUUGCUAUAGAUCCAUCCGACGGCGGCCUGAAGUCAUUCCAAGAGCUCUCGAACAGGGCAAGGAAGGACGUGGAAAUGAACGAUAUUAAAGUUUCUGUUUGCGUGUAUGCCUUCGAUCUAAUGUAUCUAGAUGGUGAGGUCUUGCUUGCACAGCCCUUUCGAGAGAGGCGCUCUCUGCUGAAGUCUCGCUUUCCACCUUUCUCAACAAGUGACAAGGGAGCAGGUCGUCUUGACCACGUUGAAAGCUGUGAGAGCGAGGCUGGCAAAGACGCUAUUGAGGAGUUUUUGGCAGAAAGCUAUAGAGAGCCGCACCGAGGUGACGCUAUGCAAGAAGACGGAGCGCAGAAAGGAAACGGAAAGCGGAAACCUUUACCCGCGACGUACGAACCUGAUAAACGAACAUCUGCUUGGUUGAAGCUGAAAAAGGACUACGUUGUUGGCCUCGGGGAUACCCUCGAUAUGGUUCCUAUUGGAGCGUGGCAUGGGAACGGAAGGAAAGCAGGGUGGUGGAGUCCAGUUUUGCUUGCUAUUCGAGAUCCCAGGAAUGACUGCCUCGUUGCCGUUUGCAAGUGUAUGUCCGGCUUCAGGCCCGAAGUUUACUUCAGGCCCCAUGAGGUGUGGGAGAUACGAGGGGCAGAUGUCACUUUGAGCCCCGUAUCUCUAGCAGCAUUGGGCCUCGGCUCCUCAUCGAGAGGCCUUAGUCUAAGGUUUCCGCGAUUUAUUAAGACCCGAGAAGAUAAAUUACCGGAGCAAGCCAGUACUACAGAUUUUCUGGCUCAGAUAUGGAAAUGACCAACAGGGGAAAUCCAGGCCUACUGCGGGGGGACGUCGAUGAUGGUGAUUUAGUCGAUGUAGAGCCAGAGGAGGUCGCCGGAGGAACAGAGGAGUCGGAUGGUUGACUCCAAACCUAAGGGUUUAGGUUAACUUUCAUUUUGGCCAGGCUUUUGGGUAUUCCCGUUUGCAGAGACUUCGCACUACGCAUCAGCUUUACAUACGUUCAUGCACAUAAAUCAUACGAUAGGGUAAACACGGAGCAAAUCCCAGACAGCAUACAGUAAUACAGUUCCGUCAUUGGAACAAUAAAAUAUAAAUCAGAAUCCAGGAGAAAGAAUUUAAACCUUGACACUAUGCCA